AACACAUCAGUCAUGACUAUUCACCUCAAGUGUCUAUAAAUGCCCAACCCACCAUGGUCUCUUUUUACACCGGAGGGUCCAGUAACUGUAAAAUCGAGGCUCUUAUCUCUCAUAUCAAUGGCGGUUUCUAAAGUGUUUUUGGUGUUAUUGCCCCUGGCUUUUGUGGUGGCUAUUUCCACCAUUGCAAGAGCUCAGACAUCUGAGCCUCCUAUUGUGAAGGGGCUCUCAUGGAGCUUCUAUGAGUCCUCAUGCCCUGACCUUGAAGAAAUUGUUAGAAACAGACUCAAACAGGUCUUCAAAAAGGAUAUCACACAAGCUGCUGGCUUGCUCCGUGUCCAUUUCCACGACUGCUUUGUUCAGGGUUGCGAUGGGUCGGUAUUGUUGGAAGGUUCAGCAAGCGGACCCGAUGAGAAGGAUGCACCCCCCAAUCUCACUCUUCGUCCCGAAGCAUUCGAAAUCAUUGAGGAUUUGAGAAAAAGGGUUCACAAGAAGUGCGGCCACACCGUCUCUUGCUCAGAUAUCACUGCCCUCGCUGCUCGUGACUCUGUUUUCCUCGCAGGAGGCCCCUUGUACCCCAUUCCCCUAGGCCGACGCGACAGCCUCAACUUUGCCACCCGGGAUGCAACUUUGGCGAACCUCCCAGGCCCGACCUCCAACACCUCCGACCUCAUGAAAGCCUUCACCAAUAAAAACCUGGACGCCACCGACCUCGUCGCCCUAUCAGGCAGCCACACAAUCGGCAUCUCCCACUGCUCCUCGUUCUCCAACCGCCUCUUCCCCUCCCAAGACCCCACCCUCGACAAAACCUUCGCAAAAAACCUCUACAAAACUUGCCCCACUUCCAAUGCCAAUGCUACCACUGUGCUUGACAUUCUAACCCCAAAUGCAUUUGAUAACAAAUACUAUGUUGACCUCAUUAAUCGACAAGGUCUGUUCACUUCCGAUCAAGAUUUGUUUACUGACAAGCAGACGAGAUCAAUCGUCACCAGCUUUGCCGCGAACCAGUCAUUGUUUUUUGAGAAGUUUGUGUUGGCGAUGAUCAAGAUGGGGCAGAUGAGUGUGCUUACUGGGGUACAGGGAGAUAUUAGGGCUAAUUGCUCUGCAAGGAACCCUUCAAGGUUUGUGGUACCCUUUGGUGGAGGGGGACAAGAGGGAGUUGCUGCCUCCUUUUAGAUUGUGUACAAGACCCUUUGCUUUACUAAGAUAACAGUUCUAUCAGACAAUUUACGUAAAAAAUGGAUUAGGGUUGGUCCUUUUUGGUCUGUCCCCCAUUUCCAUUGUAUUCAACUGGUAGGACAUUAAAUUUCUUUGCAAGGAUGCCCAUAACCUGGUAUGUAAUUUGAAGUUCUGAUUUUUUCCAAUGAGAAAGUACAUGGGUUUCUUCA